UACACAUUGCUGGCAACUCAUAUAGUUUUAAUAGCUGGUGCUUAGCAGCUUUCUAUAAUGUUCUUUGCGGAAGUUAUAAUUGUGCUGGUAGCGUUUCAUGGUGUAAAUUGUGAAGAACAAAAGCGACUUGUUUUUCACAGCAGCGAAGACAUUGCGUUGGAGUUCAAGACAUUACGCCAGGAAAUAGAAGCUCUUAAAGUAAAUCACACAAACGACAUACAAAUGCUCCAGAGUUCACACGCACAAGAAAUACAAAUGCUCCAGAGUUCACACGCACAAGCAAUACAGUCGCUCAACAGUACACAAGCACAAGAAGUGCAAGCACUCAAGUCUACGCAAGUGAAAGAAUUAGCAGCCCUAAAAACAGAAAUUUCAGUAUUGAAGAAUGGUCAAGGAUCGACGUAUGUGAGAUGGGGUAAAACAAUGUGUGAUGGUAAUGGAACAGAGAAGGUGUAUUCAGGAUUUACCUCAGGAUCACCAUAUGAUGUCGAAGGUGCUGCGAGCUACGUCUGUCUCCCACAACAUCCUACUUGGGCAAAAUAUAAAGAUGGCAUACAAAACAUAGGUGGUGAAAUAUCUGGCACAGAGUCUGAGAUAUCUUCAAUUAUGAACACAUUUUCUCAAAACAUUAACAAUCAAGAUGCACCUUGCGUAGUGUGUCGAAGUCCAAGACCAACAACUGUCAUGAUACCAGGAAGGAAAGACUGCUACCCGAGCUGGGCACAAGAAUACACGGGGUAUCUUAUGACUGGUUACACUGGUUACAAAGGUGGUUCUGACUAUGCAUGUGUUGACGUUGACCCAGAAGCUGUUUAUCACGGAGAAGCUGACCAAAACGGCAAGCUACUCCAUCUUACAGAAGUUAAGUGUGGAUCUCUGCCGUGCCAGGAGUACCCGGACGGACGUGAACUGGCGUGUGUUGUUUGUUCGAAAUAGUUUGAAGGAAAUAAAAUAACUCUUUACUUCACGUAUUUAGACUUGCACUCACUUAACAUAUUCUCUCCAAAGAAACUAGUGUAAAAAAAUACACAAUACAAGAAGGAUAUGCUCCCAAAAUCUUAAUUGGGAUCAGGAUAUGAGAAAAACAUUUGAAAAUAAAUGCGUCUAUUUGACCAUCUGUCUUAAUCACUAUGCGUGUAUGUCUGUUUCCUCAAUACAACACUGAAAUUAUCUGAAAUUUUCACUGUGUCGUAACAAAAAAAAAAUGUAAGCCAUUAUAUUGUUCCAUUGCACCAUAACUUUAUGAAUGUAUGAUAAAAGAGACGACUUUAACAUCGA